CGCUCACUGGUUUCAGUGGCAAUUUCAAGUCUGAGAGUUGACCUUGGUUUCAUGACAUCUGAGCUUGUUCCGGAUGCUCCGUGGUAUUUUGGAGAAAUUAGUAGAGAAAAGGCUAAUGAGAUUCUUAUCGAUCAACCAGUUGGAACAUUUUUAAUACGUGACAGCACUACUAAAUCUGGUUAUGUCCUGGCAAUAAAGGAAGCCAACGAAGUCAAGCGCUAUCUCUUAACAUGGGCUCCGCAGCUAAAAAAGUUCAAAUUUGGUGAUACCCUGUAUUCUUCUUUGGAAGAGCUUGUAAGACUUCAUACAUCACACUCUUCAAGUACACGAAUGAGACAACCCGCACAGAAGGCGACUUACGCAGCAUUGUAUUCAUUCCAAGCACAGGAAGAGAGUGACCUUUCGUUUCAAAGGGGAGACUUGUUAACCUUCAUAAGACAGAAACGUGACUGGAUACUUUGCAAGUCAAGUGAUAACCAAGUUGGUUGGGUGCCUUCAAAUUAUCUCACUCCUGCGCUUUCUUGAUUUCUGUUCAACUAAAUCAUUUGACCAAUUACGUUAGUGUAUCGUUGAUUUUACACCUCUAUUCCACGUCCAACUGUUGUCCGUGGUUCUAAAACAUAUCUCAAUAUGAAACCGAGUGACAGUGAAUUAUGGAGUUAUGCCUUAUUCAUUUCUGUUCUCAUCAACGAGAUUAAUGGUGACUUCGGUUCCCUUCCACUGUACUCCUUUCCACUCACGUGAUAAUAGCGUCCUUUGUUCACCCCUGUAAUGUUUCACUAAAGUAUUCAAAAUUGUCUUGUUCUAUAUUUAACUUUUUAUAGUUGUAUGCAGCUGACUUAUUCCAACGUAAUAUAAUGACGUGAUGUAUCCUGGCUAAUGUGUUCUGCCUUUCUUGAAUUACAUCCUUAUGGCGCAAUACAUUUUAUAGAAGGAAGCUAUCAGUAUCUGAUUUAUUUUACGAACUCCUUCUUAAAUAUAAAUACGAUUGUACAAUGAAAAGGAUUUGCAGCUCAGGUGGAUGAUUUUGAUGUAGUUGUGUUCUCUGAGCUGGAUGAUUCACUUGCGAAGCUUUCAUUGCCUUAUUAGGCAACAUCUUCAGUGCAUACUUCAAUUUGAAGUUAGCUUUUAUAUUUCUCCACGAGUUUAUUGGUUAUCUCUCCUGGUGACCCUCAACGUCAUUGGUUGCUUUUGUCUAGUCUACUUGUAUUGAUUGUUUCCCUGACCUGAAGUUUGACGUUUUGUGCAUGAGAUUUCCCCUUUUGGAUUGGUAUAUUUUACUUAUGUCAAUUUGCCUGUUAAUUGCCGAUUCACUGGAAUAUCAGGCUUUUAAAAAUCGUCAUUCUUGGUGUUUCCCCUACCUAAUACUUGAACGUUGUUCCAGUCGAAUUGAUCUCCGUAGUUGUCUGUAUGCAGUGAGUGAUAUGAGGGAGUGGAUAUCAUGUCUUUUGACGGCUAGUUUUUGUUCAUGGAUGCAAAGAUGAAGAGAGCGACCACUUUGGCCAAUGUACUGUUUUUUUGCAGUUGUUGCAAUUUAUCUUGUAGGGGAUGUUGGUUUUAUCUUCUUUCGCUGUUGCGUCUU